CCCACUCUCAAAGCCUUAGUCUAGUCCAACUUGCAUCAACUUAUGACAAAACUUUUCUAAUUUCUCAAAUCUCCGAGCUCUCUACCGUCCAGAUGUUCCUUUAACCUCUUGAUCGAUUGCUUAUUCCAACACUUGGCGAAUCGAACUACCGCAACAUGCUCCCGCCUGUGCAUUAGGUACGCCGUACAGGCGCCCUUCAUCCAUUUCACCGUGACCUCUGCCGCCAUCUUUUUCCCCGUUUUACCUGCCUCGGAUCCCCAUUUCCAGGAUGGACACCGUGAAUGCAGCUCGCCCGACCAAUUUUAGGGCUGGCGUACCUGGUAGCUUGGUCAUUUGCCCUACCGCUUCUGGUCUGGGACAGCCCCUUAGCCCGGACUGACAUCACCAUUAUCGUACUGGUGCCUUUGUUCGGCGGAUGAGGGCGCGGAUUUGCAACUAGGUUUGCAAAAGCUUCUCAAUCCCAUAGUAUACUUUGUACUAGGUCAAAGUAGGUAGGUAGGUACAUUCUGAGUACCGUGACUAUCCACGCCAUCAGCUUUCGUGAUCAUCCCAGUUUCAGUUUAAACUCUUAUUAUAUAUCAAGUACGGCUAUCUCACCCCCUGCCAAGUGGUUAAUACUAUUUUUCCUAAGCUUAACAAACACCUUUUUUUUUCCCUCCGUUUGUAGUAAGCAAUUUAAUAUUCAACAGCUAUGCCAUCUGUUGUCGAAUCCCCAUAUGAGCCUCAAUUCCUUACUUUACAGUCUAAGCUGGAAAAGGGGGCUGGUAAGUCCGCGGAACGACUAUCUAACGUUGAUAUUAUCGACAUCCGGCAGGUUGCCGUUGAAAUAAACCUCAAAGAAGAGAUCCACAGUUUACUUCGUCCCCAGGAAGGCCCUCGGAAACUGCCGACACUGCUUCUCUACGACAAAAAGGGCCUCCAGAUAUUCGAGGAGAUCACAUAUUUAGAUGAGUACUAUUUGACCAAUCAUGAGAUCCAAGUACUGCGCCGUUCGGCUGCGGGUAUUGCUAAGGCAAUCCCAUCCGGAUCCCUUGUCCUCGAGCUAGGUAGCGGCAACUUGAGGAAGGUGUCUCUGUUGCUUCGAGCCCUUGAAGAUGCCGGCAAGACGAUCGACUACUAUGCCCUUGAUUUGUCAGAAGAUGAGCUGUCAAGGACUCUAGCUCAGCUUCCGUCCUUUCGUCACGUCCGAUGUCACGGGCUUCUGGGAACGUACGAUGAUGGCCGCGAAUGGUUAAAGAGGCCGCAGAUCGCUUCCAAGCGCAAGUGUGUCUUGUUCCUCGGGUCUAGCAUCGGUAACUUCCACCGGGACGAAGCAGCCUCAUUCUUGAAGGGGUUUGCCGAUGUUCUCCAGCCUGCGGAUAGCUUUCUGAUUGGAUUGGACUCCUGCACCGAUCCUUCCAAGGUCUAUCACGCAUACAACGACAAGCACGGCGUCACACAUAGGUUCAUCCUGAAUGGGCUCGUCCAUGCAAAUGAAAUUCUUGGACGCGAGGCAUUUGACCUGAACGAGUGGCAGGUCAUCGGCGAAUACGUAUAUGACAGCGAGGGGGGACGCCACCAAGCAUUCUAUUCGCCCCUCCACGAUACUGUCGUGCUAGGUGAAACCAUCAAAGCUCAGGAACGUGUUCAGGUUGAACAGAGCCUGAAGUACUCGAAAGCAGGCUGCGGCAAUCUGUGGAGGUCGGCAGGCAUGAUCGAAGCUGAUCGUUGGAUGACUGAUGAUGAAGACUACGGACUUCAUCUUUUAACCAAGCCAAACAUGUCUUUCAGCCCCAUCGCUUCGGAAUAUGCUCGCUCUCACAUCCCAUCCCUGAGCGACUUCGAAAGUCUAUGGGUCGUGUGGGACAUCGUCACUAGGCGAAUGUUACCUAACGAGGAGCUGUUAGAGAAACCCAUCAAACUUCGAAACGCUUGUGUUUUCUAUCUGGGCCAUAUACCUACAUUCCUAGACAUACAGUUGACUAAAACGACCAAGAAUCCCCUCACAGAGCCGGCAUUCUACUCCUCGAUAUUCGAGAGGGGAAUAGACCCAGACGUUGAUAACCCCGAGCUCUGUCACCAACAUUCGGAAAUUCCAGAGGAAUGGCCACCCCUAGAAGAUAUUCUGGAAUACCAGGAGAGGGUAAGGGACAGGUUGAAGAGCCUUUACUCCGUAGGAUUGGAUAACAUACCCAGAAAUGUCGGAAGGGCUAUCUGGGUUGGUUUUGAGCAUGAGAUCAUGCAUCUAGAGACCUUGCUCUACAUGAUGCUUCAGAGUGACAAAACUCUCCCACCACCUCUAACAAAACGCCCAAAUUUCGAAGCUCUAGCCCAGGAAGCCUAUGCUUCAAGGGUCAGCAAUGAAUGGUUUGACAUACCUGAGCAAGACAUUACGAUAGGACUUGACGACCCAGAUGAAGUACUGCAUUCGAAUAAGCAAUUUGGAUGGGACAACGAGAAGCCAUCGAGGCGUGUACAGGUUCACAAAUUUCAAGCCAAGGGAAGGCCCAUUACCAACGAGGAGUAUGCACUGUAUAUGUACAGUACCAAAACAACAAAGACUCCUGCUUCUUGGGCUACCGAGAACUUGGACCAUGCUAAUGGUAAUGGACACGUAAACGGGAAGGUCAAUGGCCAUACAAACGGUCAUACUAACGGAACCAAUGGUCAACAAACCGUCCCUUACUCAUUCCUAGAGGGUAAGGCAGUGCGUACUGUUUACGGAUUAGUACCGCUGAAAUAUGCGCUCGACUGGCCAGUCUUUGCCUCAUAUGACGAACUUACAGGCUGUGCCGCAUGGCUAGGAGGCCGGAUCCCCACGUUCGAGGAAGCGCAGAGUAUAUACACUUAUGUUGAUAGUAUGAAAAGGAAGGAGGAAGCAGAGCGCAAGCUAGGAAAAACAGUGCCAGCAGUUAAUGCCCAUCUAGUUAACGACGGCGUGGAGGAGACCCCACCACCCAACGCUUCUCUUGUCGAUGGUGGCUCGUCUCAAAAUGACGAGCUAUUCAUCGACCUUACUAAUGCCAAUGUCGGCUUCCGCCAUUGGCACCCCGUAGCUGUGACUGCUCAAGGCAAUCGCCUAGCAGGCCAGGCUGAGAUGGGAGGCGUGUGGGAAUGGACUAGCACCACACUCAGGCCGCACGAAGGCUUCAAGCCCCUAGCAUUAUACCCAGGAUAUACUGCCGAUUUCUUCGAUGAGAAACACAACAUUGUUCUUGGCGGCUCCUGGGCCACGCACCCUCGAAUUGCGGGGAGAAAGACCUUUGUAAAUUGGUACCAACGCAACUACCUAUACGCAUGGGUCGGCGCCAGACUUGUCCGUGAUCUUUAGGAGCUACCAGACUAACCAACAUAACCAUCGCUCCAUACAUGUACUCAUCAAUCACAAGCUUUUCUUAUCUAGGGCCCUCGUUCCAACGAUAUUGUAAGUUUCACCAAUGCAUUACCGGCGAUGUAUACAUAACCCUAGGGUCCAAGUCCGGUUCUCAACAACUGGCAAAUCGGUCGUGUACAUCUACGCCGUUCCGGCUUGGCUUCAAUGUCCAGAGCAAGUUCAACCUUCGCUCGGUCAUGAGGCCGGCUCGCCGUCUUUCCACAAAAGCCCUCUCGUUUUAGGAAUGUGGCAAAAUCCCCAUUUUAGGAGUACGGGAAAAGGGGAUAGGCAUCGUGGUGUGUUCUCACAAAAUUUACCCUGUGCAUUUAUUGGUGUAUCUAGAAUGAGAAAAGCUGCUCGCUCGCUCGACGUCAUGGAUAUGUUGAUCGCAGUUACGAUCUUAAAGCAUUUAUGAAUAUAUUUAUUCGUCCCAUA